UUCUGUUACGUUCCUGCAUGCUCUCUCCGAUAGUUCUGUUAUGUUCCUGCAUGCUUUCUCCGAUAGUUCUGUUACGUUCCUGCAUGCUCUCUCCGAUAGUUCUUUUACGUUCCUGCAUGCUCUCUCCGAUAGUUCUGUUACGUUACUGCAUGCUUACUCCGAUAGUUCUGUUAUGUUCCUGCAUGCUUUCUCCGAUAGUUCUGUUACGUUCCUGCAUGCUCUCUCCGAUAGUUCUGAUACGUUCCUGCAUGCUUACUCCAAUAGUUCUGAUACGUUCCUGCAUGCUUUCUCCGAUAGUUCUGUUAUGUUCCUGCAUGCUUUCUCCCAUAGUUCUGAUACGUUCCUGCAUGCUUUCUCCCAUAGUUCUGAUACGUUCCUGCAUGCUUUCUCCCAUAGUUCUGUUAUGUUCCUGCAUGCUUUCUCCCAUAGUUCUGUUAUGUUCCUGCAUGCUUUCUCCCAAAAUUCUGUUACGUUCCUGCAUGCUUUCUCCCAUAGUUCUGUUAUGUUCCUGCAUGCUUUCUCCCAUAGUUCUGAUACGUUCCUGCAUGCUUUCUCCCAUAGUUCUGAUACGUUCCUGCAUGCUUUCUCCCAUAGUUCUGUUAUGUUCCAGCAUGCUUUCUCCGAUAGUUCUGUUACGUUCCUGCAUGCUUACUCCGAUAGUUCUGUUACGUUCCUGCAUGCUUACUCUGAUUGUUCUGAUACGUUACUGCAUACUUUCUCCGAUUGUUCUGUUACGUUCCUGCAUGCUUUCUCCGAUAGUUCUGUUAUUUUCCUGCAUCCUUUCUCCGAUAGUUCUGAUACGUUACUGCAUGCUUUCUCCGAUAGUUCUGAUACGUUCCCGCAUUCUUUCUCCCAUAGUUCUGUUAUGUUCCUGCAUGCUUUCUCCGAUAGUUCUGAUACAUUCUUGCAUGCUUUCUCUGAUAGUUCUGUUACGUUCCUGCAUGCUCUCUCCGAUAGUUCUGUUACGUUACUGCAUGCUUUCUCCGAUAGUUCUGUUAUGUUCCUGCAUGCUUUCUCCGAUAGUUCUGUUAUGUUCCUGCAUGCUUUCUCCGAUAGUUCUGUUACGUUCCUGCAUGCUCUCUCCGAUAGUUCUGUUAC